CUGACAGUAUUUAGUGUCAAAAUUUUAGUGUUGGAUAAUGAAGAAAUUUACUAAAAAAUAAUAGUGAUAUGGGCAUAACUAAAUUUUAGUGAAAAGAUUUGGAUUACAAAAUUUAUUUUUUGAUCAAGGUUAUAUUAAGGGAAAUGGAUUCUACAUUCAACAAAUUAGUUGAGAAUUUAUCAUUCCAAGUGGUGGCUGGACCUUGCAAUCAAAAUAUAUUUGACGAUAUAACUCCAAAAUCAGUAGGUACGCCGGUUAAUGUGAAAGUAAAAUUUCGCCAUAAGGAUGAUGUCCAUAGAGGAGUUAUAUCCGUUCCUAAAUUUGAGAACAUUAAAAUGUCUAAAAACUUACGGUUAAUUAAUAGUGAUCAAACUAUAUUGUCGUUUGAUUUUCUUAUGGAUAUGAAAUCAUCCGAAAGGCCAGCUAAAAAGUCGCAAAAGAAGGUUUUCCAAAUUUUUAGACCAGGCAUCUGUUUAGGAUCCAAAAAUAACAAUGAUGAUGAUGGAUAUCCAUACGUACCUCCUAUUGUAGAAAAUGAAAAUACGACAUUUAGCGCAACAAAAGUGAAUCUCACGAAUAAUGGAAGAUGCUAUGGGUUAAAGAAAGAUACUGUACGCCAGCCGCUUGAUACUAAUCGAGCUCAAACAAUGUUUCUAGGAAAAUGUAAGCCAGGAGGAUGUCUUGAUCCCCCUUUCGGUGAAGAGAGAUAUGCUUAUGAACCAAUCUUAGAUAAUGAUGACAUUGUAAAGUACCAAUCCCUAGAUGAUGUAGAAAAUUAUCAAGUAUCAAGUCGGUCUUACAAUGCGCAACUACGUUCAAGAAGUCCGUUAAUAGAAAAAGAUAAAGAUGUAGAAAGUAAAUUAUUUGAUGAGCUUCUUAUAACAUACCCAUCAAUCCAAAAUUGCAACAAUGACAAUCAAAACAUUUUAAGGACUAAUAAUACUAUAGAAAAUAGGUCAAUAAUAAGUGCUGAUACAUGUAUACAAUCUUACUAUAAACCACCUAGAAGUAAAGAAACUAGUAUAUCAAGUAACAUGGAAGGACAAGAGAUACAAAAAAUUAUAGAUAAUGAAAUGAAAAUAGAACCAACCAAUAUUAUUGCCACAAAUUUCAAAUCGCCUUCUAGGGACAGUAUUUAUAUACAAACAGGCUGUCCAGCAGAACCUGUUCUACCCAAAAUGGUAAAUUUGUCUCCAAUCGAAAGUGGUUUAACAUCUUUUGAAAAUAAUCUACAAUCUGACAUACAAGAAAAUGUAGAACACAUCAAGGAAUGUUUGGGAGAUCAGAACAUUUCUAAGUUUGAGACUGGGGCUGGACAAAAUCAAGAGGAAAAUCUUUUACAAACACCAGAUACAUUUUCAUUGUUAAAAAAUUCACUUGAAAAAUCUUCUAUAACAAAUAAUAUACGUAUACAUGAAGACAUAAAAACAUCUCCUGAGAUAAUUGAUAGUAUUCAAAAUAAAAAAAACAAUAUACAAAAUGAAGCUCAAACAAACAAAAAACAAAGCAUAAUUGUGAUUACUCCAGUCAGGGAUCUUGAAGAAACAUUGACAAAUGAUGAUGAUGCUGAAUAUUUACCAGAUUUUUAUGACGAAAAUGGAACUGAUCGCCCACCUACUGAAUUUAGCGAGAGUUACAGCGAUACACAAUACUUCAAUCAGAAAAAUGAUAUGGUUGACAAAUCCGAAAGUCAACUUUUAUUAACUAAUUUGCAACAAAAAUCAUCAAUACUUCAAGUAAAUGUUAGUAAUGUGCCGAUUAACAAAGCUAUUUUACAAAACAAUCAAAUAUUCCUUUAUUCAUUUCAGAAAUUAGAAAUUAAAGAAGAUGAUACUAAUAACUUAAAAAGUAACCUUGCUAGCCAAAGUAAUAUUACAAAUAUAUCUUUGGGAUCUAAUCAAGUAAAUAAUUCAUCUAUUGUUAUACUUGAGGACAGAAUUCGUAAUGUGGAAGAUUUUAAAAUUAAAAACGAUGGUGAAGGAUCACAAAAAGUUUACGAUCUCAAUAUGUCACCAAAAAUAAGCGUAACGGACGACAAGGAGUCAAAUUUAAAAGAAAACAUAUUAUCCGACAAGGAUGUCGAGAAUCGGAGUACAGUAAGAGAAGAAGCACACGGAAGCGUAGCCAGUGUAAAUAAUAUUGGAAAAUCUUUUAAACCCAACCAACAAUCAAUUCAAAAUAUUUCGUUAACAUCUUCAAGACAUAGUGUGCCAGAAAUAAUCUACACCGCAAGAAUUGCAGAAGAGAUACGAUAA